GCAAGAACACACACAUUAUUAUCUAAAGGAUAUUAUAAUCCUAAACUAAAUUUUAAAUUAGGAAGAAUAUAAAUAAAUCAAAAUGAUACCCGAAUUUUAUGAGGAUAAGGAAAUAUUCAUAACUGGUGGUUCGGGUAUUGUGGGUACAGCUUUAAUUGAACAGAUCUUGCGUUUCUGCAAUGUGCGUAAAAUAUAUUUACUACUCCGUCCAAAAAGAAACAUGACCUUGGCAGAACGUUUGGAAAAAGUUAAAGAGGAACUGGUCUUUCGCAAACUAAAAAUCGAAAAACCCCAUGAAUUGGAUAAUAAACUUACAGCUAUAGCGGGAGAUGCAAAAUUGCCCAUGUUGGGUAUAACAGCAGAAUCAGCAAAAUUACUAAAAAAUGUAUCCAUAAUAUAUCAUUGUGCGGCCACGGUGCGUUUUGAUGAACCCAUUAGAGGUGCUCUGAAACUGAAUGUUGGUGGUACCUUAGAGGCUUUAAAAUUUGCGGAAACUUUAAAGAAACUGGAAAUAUUUAUGCAUGUGUCAACAUUCUUUAGUAAUCCCUAUUUAACACAUGUCGAACCAAAGUUCUAUGAGGCUCCUAUGGACUGGAAAUUUUGUUUGGGUCUGCUUGACAGAGAUGAUGUGGGGGAGGAAGAAUUGGAUAUAAUAACCAGAAAAUUAAUAGUGGGUUUUCCUAAUACCUAUUGUUUUACCAAAAAUUUAGCAGAGUCUUUGGUAAAUGACUACAAACACAAAUUGCCAGUUUGCAUUUAUAGACCCUCAAUUGUGUUCUUUGCCUUGGAACAGCCUGAACCCGGAUUUUCUCCUUCGUUAAUGGGUGUCAUGGGUUUGUAUGCUGUCACCGGUGCCGGUUUAUUGAAAACAAUUUAUGUGGACAAAAAUAAUCGUUUGGAUAUUUCACCUCAAGAUAUUUCAGUUAAAAAUAUGCUUUAUUUUACACUGAAAGCUGCUCAAUUGUAUGAGAAGAAAUCCAAACCCAAAGAAAUUCCGGUUUACAUGACCUCAAAUUGUACUCAUUUCAAUAUGACCUUAGUACAGUAUCUAAAUAUCAUGGAUGACUUUGGUCUGUGGGAGAAGGGGGCCUAUGAGAAAAGUCUUUUGGUUCCAGGAGUGCACUAUACAACUAAUCGAUUUGUUUAUAUGUUUUUUGUUUUUCUCCUGCAACUGCUGCCCGCCUUAUUUGUUGAUUUUAUAUUGAUGCUGAUGGGUCGCAAGCCGGUCUUAAUGCGCAUUCAACGUAAAGUAUUCCAAACUUUGGAGGUCAUGCAGCCAUUUAUGUUCAAUAACUAUGAAAGUGAAGGUAUAACAGAUUUCAAGGAAAUGCAUAAACAAUUAAAAGGCACUAAUUUCGAUGUAAACAUCUUGUUAUCCGGCUGUAAUUUAUUUACCAAUGCAAACUUUUGCAAAGACAUGGUAUUUAGUGUCAGAGAUCUACUAUUCAAAGAAGAUCCCAAAACUUUGCCCAAAUCAAGAAGAAUAUUUCAAAUCAAAGUGUGGUUGUAUAAAUUUAUAAAAUUUUUGGUUCUUUACAAAGUCUUUGUUAAGCUUAUGGAAUAUAUUGCCAGCUAUUACACGGAAUGGCGCCAUAAUGGUUUAUGUUCCUUUGAUUAAAUUUAAGUUUGUUAUUUAAGUUGUUGUCUUUUUAAUAAAAUUACAAAAAAA